UCUGCUCGUCCACAGCCCACCGGGGAAAGCGCCCGGCCCGGCCCGCCUGGUGCUGCUGCUGCUGCCCUCGACGCCGCUCGCCUGACGCCCCACCGCCCGCCCGCCCGCCCGGCAGCAGAAGCAGAAGCAGGACGACGAGGACGAGGACGAGGAGGAGCAGAGGGCACCUGUCCGCCGCCUAGGAGAGCAGCCCGGCCGAGGCGCGGGGGCUGCCGAAGCGCCGCGGACCAGCAGGAGGGACGCCCCCCCCCCCCCGACGCCCCGUGUGGCCGCAGACAAAAGGCUGACUUCGCCGGCCCCUGAGCCGCCCGCCGCGCCCGAGCCCCGGAGGACCGCAGCCGAAAGGGACCAGCGAAGGAAGAGCCGCCAGCGGCGCGCCGGGGGUGGCCCCGGAGGAUCCGCGCGGGGGGGAGAGCGCCGCCGCCGCCGCCGCCAGCCUAGUCUCGCCUGACCCCUCUUCGGCGGCGCCUCCGCUCGGCCAGGACGGGACCCUCGCCGCCCCCCCUCCCCAACGCCCUGCCGGGUGGGAUCGCGGGCAGGAGCCCCUGCAGGGAGGGGGCGGGCGGGGGGGCCGCGGAUUGCUUGGCGCCCGGCGCUUGGAGUCUGCUUUGGGACGCCUUCGGGGAGCCGUCGGAGGAGAGAGAGCGCGGCGGAGAGGCGGCCGCCCGCGGAUUUCGCCCCCUCUGCAGCCCGCGCACCGGCCCCGAUGGAAAUACACUGUAAGCACGACCCGUUUGCAGCCAUGCAUAGACAUGGAGGAGUGAAUCAGUUAGGGGGUGUUUUUGUGAAUGGGCGACCGCUCCCUGACGUCGUCCGCCAAAGGAUUGUGGAACUUGCCCAUCAAGGUGUCAGACCGUGUGAUAUCUCCAGGCAACUCCGGGUCAGCCAUGGCUGUGUCAGCAAAAUACUUGGCAGGUACUAUGAAACUGGAAGCAUUAAGCCUGGAGUUAUUGGGGGGUCAAAACCAAAGGUCGCCACACCCAAAGUAGUAGAAAAGAUUGCAGAAUAUAAACGCCAAAACCCCACCAUGUUUGCCUGGGAGAUCAGGGACAGACUUUUAGCAGAGCGAGUAUGUGACAACGACACUGUGCCCAGCGUUAGCUCAAUUAACAGGAUUAUACGGACAAAGGUGCAACAACCACCCAACCAGCAAGUCCCUGCCUCCAGUCACAGCAUAGGUAUUCAGGAAUCUCCAGUACCAAACGGCCAUUCCCUUCCGGGUAGAGAUUUCCUACGGAAACAAAUGCGGGGAGAUCUUUUCACCCAGCAACAGUUAGAAGUGUUGGAUCGAGUAUUUGAAAGACAGCAUUAUUCUGACAUCUUCACAACAACUGAACCCAUCAAACCAGAGCAGUCUUCAGAAUAUUCAGCCAUGGCAUCAUUAGCUGGUGGAUUAGAUGAUAUGAAGGCCAAUUUAUCAAGCCCUGCUUCAACAGAUAUAGGAGCCAGUGUCCCAGGACCACAGUCAUAUCCUAUUGUGACAGGUCGUGAUUUGGCAAGCACAACCCUCCCUGGAUACCCUCCACACGUCCCCCCUGCUGGACAGGGCAGCUAUUCUGCUCCAACACUGACAGGAAUGGUGCCUGGGAGUGAAUUUUCUGGAAGUCCAUACAGCCACCCGCAGUAUUCAACAUACAAUGAUUCCUGGAGAUUUCCCAAUCCUGGAUUGCUAGGUUCUCCAUAUUAUUACAGCGCUGCCGCCCGAGGAGCAGCCCCUCCUGCAGCCACUGCUGCUUACGACCGCCACUGACACAAGGAAUCAAGAAGCACUUAUGAAACAUAUCAUGCCGGAUGACACCACUGGAACCACCUGGAAUGCAACCACAGAGAUCAGGCUACGGGACAAAAGGAAACUCAAACAAUGGCUUGAACCUUAAUCUUUGAGCUAGGUGAACUGGUUAUUAAUUAUUGUUUUUAAUCAAUGACAUUCUAGUGACCUUAACUGAAUCUCCCAUGAAAAAAGCAAAACAAUCACAGCUUUGCUGGCAUUCCACGUGGGUCGCCAGAUACAUCUGUCAUCGUGUUACACCCAGCCAUCUUGCUUAUGGACGAGCUAGUUGCCUCUGUGUUCUCCCAAACACAUCGGGGGGACAGGAACCGCUCUAAUGUCAGGCAGUCCUUUACAGGAUAUCUCUUAAAUGUGCAUUGUUAACAGGAUUUUGUGAACUAACAUGGUAUUGUCUGAGUCUGGGGGUUUAUUUUGGAGGCAUUCAGUUAAAAAAAAAUCAGUCUCUUCAAAUGACAGAAACACCAAUGUAAAUACCUUGCUUCUUUUGUGUUGCUAAGGAGAGGUUCAGCAUAAAACAUCAACAUGGGACAAACGGUGAGUUCAAAACACACUGGGAAAAAUGUGUUUUGAAUCUGGUGCACUGACUCCUAGUUUCAGUAAGCUUUAAACCAACUCUGAACCAGGUUAACAUUCAUUGUGGGUCUUUCUGGGGCUGUUCUUUCUAGAUACAUACAUCUUAAUCUGAUGACCAUGGGGACAUCCUGUGCUCCAUAUGCUGGCAUCAAACAUGCAAGCCAAUGACAGGCGUGGACAGUCCGUGAUAUUUUAACUGAGGAAUAUUAAUUUAUUCUUAUUUGUAAUCAUUAUUAGCACUGGUACACACUUUGUGGCUUUACGUUCAACUAAAUAUCAAAGAAGAAAUUCCAAAUAACCGAAGCCUUACACACAUCAAAAUGAAUUAGAUGUAAAAAUUCAAGUAGUUCAAUAUUUCCCUGCAUGAUUUUUUCCCCCAAGCUGUCUUCUUAAACAGUUGUACCUCUGGACCAUGAUAAAAGCCACAGCGGUGAUUUCCUCACCGGCGAUUAGUCCUGGGAUAGUCACCUGAAAUAUCCAGGUUCCCUUGAGAUCUCCUCAUAGCCAAACCGCAGAACACAGAUCAGUCCCGUUUCUGACGC